CAAACCCACCAUGCCCACCAACGCGUUUCAGACACAUUAGAUGAUGACUCGUUAUACAACCAGGAUUUGAGCUACCGGAAAUGUGUCCAUAUCGCAAAGAAAGUAAACGAGUUUUCCCCAUAGAGGAUGUGCGAGCGGGAAGGGCCCUAUUGCAGUAACCAUAAGUAGUGUGAAGCAAAAAGAAAAUGGUGAAGGCAAAAGAUUUAAGCAUUUAUGAGGAUCCAAGCACAGAUGCACAGUUCAUCCUUCAACCAGAGGCAGAAUCUUCACUUCAAAAAGGUAUAUCUGUCAUCAGACAAAAGACCUGGGAUGUAGCAGAUAGUUGUCAAGGAAUUAUCCAGUCAACAAAGAAUGCAUACAAGACAGUUGAGAAUACAACAAAUGAUGUUGUUGCAUUUAUCAAAACAGAAGAAGGGUUUUACCCACGAGCCGGCAUUAUAGCAUUAGCUGGAUUAACUGGUGUGGUACUAGGAAGAAAAGGGGGAAUAUUUAAAAAGGCAAUUUAUUCUGGGGCAUUAGUAACUGCAGCAGCAUCAAUAUGCUAUCCAUACCAGGCAGUAAGAAUAGCUGAAAAAGAAUGGGAUUGGAUCAAAUCUCAUAGUACACAAUUACUCAAGUCAUCAGACAAUCAGAAGGAGGAACCGAAAGAGGAACCAUCUGAAGAACUAAAGCAAAUUCCAAAAGACAUUGUUCAAGUUAAGUCAGAAGAAAAAUCAAGUAAUGAUGAUACAAAUGCAGAUUACGGCCAAUCUAAACCGGAGGAUAAAGACUUAUAUACCACAAGAAGCUGAGACAUUGCUGAUUACUAUUAGAAAAAAAUUAAAAUGCAAAAUGCAUUGGUGGAGAAUUAAACAGAUAAUGAGAAUUAUAUUAUUGAAAUUUUUCCGCAAUUUAACCAAUAGCUGUUUAAUUUAUAAUCUAAUAUUUAAUUUUGAAUGAUUUAGUGUCUAUUUUGUGAUUGGAGCCCUAGCUUUGUAGCUAAGAUAUUUGCCUUCUAAUAAUAUGGUCUUUGGAUUACUCCACAACCUAAGACAAGACUUCUUUUUGUUCUUUUGUUGUAAAAAAUAAAGGGAUUGCCUCUUUACAGUAAGGUAUUGAUAUGCUCUUUGCAGUGCUAGACCCAUGUUCCUAACAUAAUCUUCCUUAGAAGACCCCUAAAAAGUAUGGAACAGUCAACCCUAAUAAAAAAUAAAGGCAAAACUGACAUUAACAAUAACAUGAAUAAGUUUAUUUACAAUGUAAAAGACUACACAUGUUUGGAUAAUGUAGUUCCUAUGAACAAAGCCAUGCGCAUCAGUAUCUUUUAGCUAAUGUCCUAUAUUGUUCCAUUUGCAAUACAUGAACCGUAUGGAAUGAUCACAUAAUAAAAGUUAUCUUGUACUUGUUUCAAAAAA